AUGUUGGGCCCGCAGGAGUCACUGCCGCUAAGAUGCGGGAAACUUGGUGUGGCUAUAUCUUGGGAUCACGGGGGGCGCUCAUCGAUUGAUGUAGACUUGCAGGCCGUGGUUGUGAACAACGCGGGCACAAUCAUUAAUGCCGUCUACUUCAACAACAUGAAGGCUCUCAAGUGCAUCACGCACUCAGGCGACGAGCGGACAGGAGAGAAAGAGGGGUUCGACGAGACGAUCUGGGUCGGGCUUUCCAAGCUCCCCGCCGAUGUCAAGAUGCUGGUGUUCGUCGUGGCCGCCCACAGCGGGGGGCACCUCCGGGACGUGAGGAACGGGAUGAUCCACGUGCUCGAGGAGCGCAAGGAUGCCGAGGUAGCCCGGAUAGCGAUGGAGAGGAGCGAGGCAGAGGUAGACGUAGUGGCCACCCUGGUCCGCGCGGCCUCGGGCGCCUGGACGUUCCAUGCGGUGGACGAGCCGGCGCGGGGCGGGCAGCACUUCAUGGACGUGCUGGAGCCCACCAUCGGGAACCUGAUACGCGCAGUCAUCCCUGCCGCCCCGAAGCGGCAAAAGGUCGCCUUCGCCAUGGAGAAGGGGGCCGUGCUUGACCUCCCCGAGACCGCGCAGCUGAGCGCCAUCACCGCCGGGCUGGGCUGGGACGUUGUGGGCAGGGGCGUGGACCUCGACGUGUCCGGCGUGCUCUUGGACGAGAGGGCCGAGCUCGUGGACACCAUCUUUUUCGGCAAGCUUGCCGGCAGCGGCCUGCGCCACUCCGGGGACAACCUCACGGGCGAGGGCUCCGGCGACGACGAAUCCAGGUCGACCUGGCUGCCGUGCCCGCGAGGGCGACGGCUGGCGGCUUCUUCGUCGUGA